CCCCUAGCGGCGGCCGCAGGACGUGCAGCGGCACCACCUCGCGUCAGCUACGGGCUCCAUAUGCUUCCCGAGCACCAGGCGUAGAAAGAUAUGGGAACUUCCCCAAACCUGCUGCUAAGAGUCUGAAACACACCAGCAACUAACCGCGUCUUAACGGAACUACCCCAGCACCGCCACCCCCCCCUCGGCGCGGCGGCGCAGCGCGGUUCAGCCCCGGGAGAAGCGGCCAUGGACCCGAGAGACACAGCCCCGGAUUCAUGGGAGCUGGAGGAGGACAGCGAGGCCCCGGCUCCCGCGGCGGGGCUCCCCUCCGCCUUCGCCGCACUCAACGUGAACGCCAAGCCGUUUGUCCCCAACAUCAACGCCCCGGUUUUCGUGCCCAGCUUCCUGCAGGCUUCGGGCGGCACCCCUGACCCAGCUGCUAACAUGGAGGUGGCGGACACCAGCGCUCCUGUCGAGAAUGGAAACACAGAGGCAGACAUGAGCACAGAGGAGGAGACGUGGGAGCAGAAGGAGGAGCCUGGGGGAGGCGAAGGAGGUGGAACACAGGAAGAGCUGGAGAUGGGAGGGACCUGUGAGGAGGGGAAGGCCAUAGGAAAGGAGGAAGAGGAGAUGAUGGAGGAGGAAGAGGAGGAGAUGCCCAUACCUAAAGUGGCUCCUCCGCCACCUGAUGCCCCCAAGAAAGAGCAUGUGAACGUGGUUUUCAUCGGUCACGUAGAUGCUGGCAAAUCCACCAUUGGAGGACAAAUCAUGUACCUAACUGGAAUGGUGGACAAACGCACCCUGGAAAAAUAUGAAAGAGAAGCGAAAGAGAAGAACAGGGAGACUUGGUACCUAUCGUGGGCUCUGGACACAAAUCAGGAGGAGAGAGACAAGGGGAAGACGGUCGAGGUUGGGAGAGCUUACUUUGAGACAGAGAAGAAACAUUUCACCAUCCUGGACGCUCCCGGACACAAGAGCUUUGUCCCCAACAUGAUCGGCGGGGCGUCACAAGCUGACUUGGCAGUUCUGGUGAUUUCAGCAAGGAAGGGGGAGUUUGAGACUGGAUUUGAAAAGGGUGGACAGACGCGAGAGCAUGCCAUGCUGGCUAAAACAGCGGGUGUCAAGCAUCUCAUUGUUCUGAUCAACAAAAUGGAUGAUCCCACUGUCAACUGGAGCUUAGAAAGGUAUGAGGAAUGUAAAGAGAAGCUGGUGCCAUUUCUGAAGAAGGUGGGCUUCAACCCGAAGAAGGACAUCCACUUCAUGCCUUGCUCUGGACUCACCGGUGCCAACCUCAAAGACCCCGUACCCGAAUGCACCUGGUACACGGGUUUGCCAUUUAUCUCCCACCUGGACAGUUUGCCAAACUUCAACAGAUCAAGCGACGGGCCGGUCAGACUACCCAUCGUUGACAAAUACAAGGAUAUGGGCACCGUCAUCCUUGGAAAACUGGAGUCUGGAUGCAUCGGUAAAGCCCUGCAGCUGGUCAUGAUGCCAAACAGGCAUACAGUCGAGGUAUUGAGCCUGCUCAGCGACGACGUGGAGACGGAUGAUGCAGCUCCUGGGGAGAACCUGAAGCUGAGGCUGAAGGGAAUAGAGGAGGAAGAGAUCCUCCCUGGGUUCAUCCUCUGCAGCCCUGACAACCUCUGCCACUCUGGUCGCACCUUUGAUGCCCAGAUUGUCAUCAUUGAGCACAAAUCAAUCAUUUGUCCUGGAUACAAUGCUGUCCUUCACAUCCACACCUGCAUCGAAGAAGUACAAAUCUCAGCCUUAAUUUGUCUGGUUGACAAGAAGACCGGAGAAAAAAGCAAAACUCGACCUCGCUUCGUGAAGCAGGAUCAGGUGUGUAUCGCCAGGCUCCGAGCAGCGGGAACCAUCUGCUUAGAGACCUUCAAAGACUUCCCUCAGAUGGGAAGAUUCACCCUGCGAGAUGAAGGCAAAACUAUCGCCAUCGGCAAGGUGCUGAAGCUGGUACCAGAAAAGGACUAACUGCACCAGAACCAGCACACAGAGUUUUUUUUCCCACUCGUUACCAGAGGACAAAGCGCUGCCAGAGCCGACCCAAACAGCUAACUCUCUCUCUUUACACACAACUUUGCUGAAGAGAAGAACAAUGACGACGAGGAAGGAGGACGGAGAAUUCAAAUCAGCUCAAAUGAAGAAAACAAGACUGAAUCAGUUUUUAUGAUGAACAUUAUAAAAUGAGAGACCAAGUCCGGUGUGUCAGCUUUCUCAUAUUGAGAGCUCAGCUAUGCCACUAAUGUAGCUACAUGUCCCCCAUCGUUACUCCCAGGGCCAAGCUCGCUGUUGGCAGCCCACACUCUUUGUUUUUUGUUUUUAGAAUGAAGAUGGUUGCAGUGCUAAUGAGUUUUGGAGAGAGAAAAGAAGAUUUCAUUAUCCUUCAAAACACCAGAGUUAGCUUGUAAUUAUAUUAGUCAGAGUGCACCCCUCCUCCUUUCAACAUUGGGGAUAGUAUUGCACUGGACGUUUAAUUUGGCUUUAAAGAUUGCUGUACCAAAAUGUUACGUUUGGUCUCUCUCUACUGAGAUGUUUAAUUGAACUGAGCUUACUGGAUGAUCCAAGGUUAAAGUCGCUCACACAGACACACACAGCUGUUACAUAAUCGAAACUGAAAAUAAAUGAUCAAGCUGAGAAAAUGAUGUAUUUC